AUGGCAAAUGCAAAACGAGGUGGCUAUCGACAGAUCAACAAAGCUCUCAACAUAUGUGCCUGGGAAGGGUAUCUAGAUGACCAACAUGCACGGCUGCCCAUUUUUCCGGAUGUUGAGCAAAUCAGCCCUCGUGUGUUGCGUGUUCUAGGCCAGAAUGCAGGCAAGUUCACGCUACAAGGGACCAAUACCUACAUCGUGGGCACCGGUCAUCAACGUCUGAUUAUCGAUACGGGCCAGGGAAUUCCCGAGUGGGCGGACCUGAUCUCGUCGACCCUGGCCGACGCGGGGAUCGAGCUGUCACACGUCCUGCUCACCCACUGGCACGGUGACCACACAGGGGGCGUCCCGGAUCUCCUUCGCUUAUACCCUUCCCUGGCCGAUUCGAUCUACAAGCACACCCCGGGCAAGGAUCAGCAGCCGAUCCGCGACGGGCAGGUCUUCCAGGUCGACGGGGCCACGGUCCGCGCCCUGCACUCGCCGGGUCACUCGCACGACCACAUGUGUUUCAUUCUCGAAGAAGAGAACGCCAUGUUCACCGGGGACAACGUCCUCGGCCACGGGAGCAGCGCCGUGGAGAUUCUCAGCACCUGGAUGUCCUCCCUCCGGUUAAUGCAGUCCCUGCAGUGCGCGGUGGGCUAUCCGGCUCACGGCACAGUCAUCCCCGACCUACCAGCCAAGCUCGCCCUGGAGCUCAACCAAAAAGCUCGUCGGGAAGAUCGCGUCGUCGAGACAUUGCAGCGGAUGAAACACGAGCGUCAACCCGAUCGAGUCCGUGGCAAAGUCAGUGUCACCGUCCCUGAACUCGUGACGGCGAUGCAUGGAACGGGCCUGGAUGAGCAGGUGCGAGCUCAGGCCGUGGAACCAUUUGUAGAUGAGGUACUACGGAAGUUGGCGCAAGAUGAUCGUGUAGCCUUCGAGGUCCGAGGAGGCCAGAAAAAGUGGUUUGCGAUAGAAUCCGCAUGA